CAGGUACAGUACAAGAAGACGAGCAGCGAAACUAUGGCGAAAAGAAAAAUACGUUUGACUCAAGAAUACUUAUAAAGAAGUUUAGUAUAGGCGUACCGGUUCGUUUUUUAUAUAUAUAUUUGUGCUCGAUUGGGUCCUAGGAUCAUCUUAACCGAGUGAGAUCGUUCUCUGGACUUAUUUUGGUGGGGAGCUAAUGUCGAUGGAGGUUCAUGUGUCAUGUGAACGUCUGAAUUAAAACCAUUGUGGAUUCGUGAGAGAAGGUCGUUUUUCAAGAGGUGAGAGGCCGCCGCGGGGGAGGGGGGGCGGGGGUCAUGCUAAUGGACCAGGACACUCAAUGGCUGUACCAGUUGCUGGCGGAGGUUCAACUCGACAAGUACUACCUGCGCAUGCGCGACGGCCUCAACAUCACGCGGGUCGAGCACUUCGCCUACGUCAAGGAGUCGGACCUGGAGACGGUCGGCAUCAGCAAGCCAGCACAGAGACGAUUAUGGGAUGCCCUGAAGCGCCACAAGACGAACACGCGCCCGCGGUCGUGGAUGGCCAAGGUGUUCAGCGGUCGGGCCCCGGACGGCACCGACGGGCCGGGCCCCUCGGCCACAGAGACGGGGGGCCCGGCCCUGCCCUCCCUGAUCCAGGACAGCGAGCUGGUCCUGGGGGAGAAGCUGGGGUCGGGCUCCUUCGGGGUGGUGAGGAAGGCGGACUGGUACACCCCCAACGGGAGGGUGCUACCGGUGGCGGUCAAGUCUCUGAGGAACAGCAAUGCCAGACAGACGGACACGCUGACAGACUUCCUCCAGGAAGUGACCACCAUGCAGACCCUGGACCACCCUAACAUCAUCAGGCUGUACGGAGUGGUCCUGACGCAGCCCCUCAAGAUGGUAACGGAGCUGGCCCCGCUGGGCUCCCUGUACGACACGCUGCGGGCGCGGCAGUACGACUACCCCCUGGCGCGCCUCUGGCUGCUGGCCACGCAGAUCGCCGCCGGCAUGGAGUACCUGGAGGGGCGGCACUUCAUCCACCGCGACCUGGCCGCCCGCAACGUCAUGCUGGCCGGCCGCGAGACCGCCAAGAUCGGCGACUUCGGCCUGAUGAGGGGCCUGGCCCAAGAGUCGGACCACUACGUGAUGACAGCCCACCGCAGGAUCCCCUUCGCCUGGUGUGCCCCAGAGAGUCUCCGGGUGGGCUCCUUCUCCCACUCCUCUGACGUGUGGAUGUUCGCCGUCACCCUGUGGGAGAUGUUCAUCUACUGCGAGGAGCCCUGGCUCGGCCUGUCGGGGCGGCAGAUCCUGUGUCGCGUGGAGCGGGAGGGCGAGCGCCUGGCGCGGCCUCAGGACUGCCCCCAGGAGCUGUACGGAGUCAUGAGGAGGUGCUGGGCCUGCAGCCCUGCCGACAGGCCCAACUUCUCCCAGCUCACCACGCUGGUGGCCGAGGCUCGACCGAUGGAGGUGCAGGCCACCAGGGACUUCAACGAGCCCAGGAAACUGCCUCUUCAGACCAACGACAUGGUGACCGUCAUAGAGCACGGGUUGGAGCUGUGCGAGUGGAAGGGCCAGAACCACCGGACCCUGGCCGUGGGCUGGUUCCCCGCCAGCCUCUGCGUCCCGACCCUCCCGGCCUCCGGCCCCGUGGGCCCCGGCUCAGGGCCCCCGGCCCAGAGCCGGGCUCCGGCCCCCGCUCUGCCCUCGGCCCUCAUCUCGGCCCCGCUGAAGGGGAGUCUGCUGCAUCGGGGCCACGGGGACCUGCGCCCCGACCGCAGCUGGGGGACCCCAGAGAGACUGGAGGACAACGGUCGCUGGAGGACCAGCCUGGCUGGAGGAGAGAAGGAGGGCUCCAACCUCCAGAGGAUGGCAGGCUUUUCCCAGAGCCUGGAGUCGGUGCUGGGCGCACACCAGGGCAAGGCCCGGAACGGGGUCCCGGAGCCGUCCCGGCCGGACCCCAAGGGCGCGAGGCGUCCGACGGGCAGCGGCGGCCUGCUGCCCCCCAGCGUGGUGCUGGAGCAGGACCCCCGGCGCCGCAGCGAGGCCAGCUGCGCACCCCCCCGCCCGCCGCCCCCCACCUUCCCGCAGUCCAAGCCGCACAACCCCGGGCGGGAGCGGAGGCCCACGGCGCCCGGGGGGCAGCAGCGCGGCUCCCCAUGGAGCCAGGGGCCCCAGCCGGCGGCGGGGGGGGGGCCCCCUCAGAUGCACCCGGCCCAGCCCCAGCCGGGGGGCAGCAACCUGGGCCGGAUGGGGCAGCUGGCCCGCUCCACCCCCGCCCUGGACGAGCCGGUGGAGGUGAAGCCCCGGGUGCCCGAGGUUCGGGACAGGAACGUCUACUCCACCGUGCAGCAGGCCCGGGACGCGGUGGUGGCGCAGGUGAUGGAGGCGGUGCACGGCGUGACCAUCGAGGAGGUCCACAACGCCCUUCGCCGCAACGACGGGAACGCCGUCCGCGCGGAGCAGCAACUGAAGUUGGAGCGGCUGUACUCCAUGAGCCUUUGCUCCAGGGACGACUGCGUGAGGAUCCUGUCCAGGUACCAGUGGAACCUGGAGCCGGCCAGCCGCUGUCUGCUCCGUCUAACCCGGGAAGACCGGAGCCCUGCACCGGCCGACCGGGAGCGGGAGAGACCCUAGCCCGGACCUCAUACAAAGACCCGUUCAAAUGAUGAAUUACUGUUUUUUUUGGGGGGGGGUUUCUGAACACGUUCCCCAUCGUUGUCUUCAAGUUGCGUGGAGGAUAAUAAGGAGACUCUUCACAGCACUGUUUUGGUUUCAUGGUGCGGAGCUGCCCGAUAGAAACUACAUUUCCCAUGUUUCCUCCGAUGGCAUUGUAGUGGAUGAGAUGCACCUGUGGUUCAAUGAAAGAACUACGCCGAGUCUGGCGAUGACAACAACCCAAUGUACCUCAGGACGUCAUGGACGGCAGACAAUAAUGGAGUAAUGGACGAAUGAGGAAUAUGCAAGCUGUAAAAAGUUGAGAAAAAAAGCAAGAAUUUUACUUACUUUACAAAAAAGACUACUUUGCAAUAUGUUCUAUAUUUUGUCCCGGAAGAUUACCUUAACUGUAGUAUUUUCAAAGCCUCCCAUGUAAUGUAGCCUACAUACGACAGACCUGGUGACAAUUUUGCAAUUACAUACAAAAAAAACAGGCGGGGUAAAUAUGUUCGAGGCAGUCACUAGGCACACUUUGCACUCAUGGCUACAAACGGCUGUUUAGUCUUCCAAGUCAACCAUUGACAAACAAGGAGCACAUUCAGGUCAUAUGUAAGAACAUUAACUGAGUAUUGUAUAGACUAUUCUGUACUGUGUGCGUGUGUAGUCCAACUGCAUACGUCUUAUGGGAGGUUAUUGUACUGUAACUAUAGAAAGGACCACUGGACUGAGUUAUAUGAAACUGGAGUCGGCGUUCUUUGGUGGGUUUUCUGAGCAUCUGCCUAUUUAUUGGUGGACCUUAGCCAUGUGGAUCACGGGGUAAUGGUGGUGUUCUUUACAUUAGGUGCGUGUUUACUGCCUUGUAGCCAUUUACUGCAGGCAGUAAAAUCUGUUGUCAACCAAUGUAUAUAUUUUUUACGACAUCACGUGAGAUCCAUAAUGGAAAAACACGUUUCCAAUGAACCAUGUGCAAAUAAAAACCGAUCUCACACGCGUUGUAUUGCCGCUUCUGGGAUCCUCUCCGAUGUCAAACACCAAAGUGACAUCAUAUAAAUCUUAGUCACGCUUUGAUAAAUAACUCGUAUAAAACACUUAACAAAUCGAUUUCGAGAUAAGCGACACACCUUGUGUAUUGGAGAUGUACGUCAUUCAAACCACAGUGGGUGUGACGUUAGUGUGGCGUCACCGAACAAGCACAAUGGAAAGGGGUUGGAAAGGCAUCGGAGGCAACACAACUAGAUAUAUGAUCUGCUUUUAUCAGGGGAAGAGUAGUUUUAUCCUCGUGUUGGCCACUAGGCCCAGUCGAUUAAGCUACAACGGUCGACUAAUCAAACUUUUAUUUCGGUAACUUCACUAUAUCGCCGGGAGGGGGCAGUGUUGAACAUAGUCAUUUUUAAGACUCACUCACCUAAAAUUCCUUAUCUGGAACUAUUGGCAAACGGAUGCAUAAUGCAUCCGGAAUGCAUUGUCUUUUCCUUGACAUAUGUGCGGUGGUGUAAACUUGAGUAGGAAAAAUGUCACUUAGAGCUCUUAAGAAAACAGGGUGGGGACGGACUUUGGUGCAGCAAUGGAACAAAUGUGUGUCAUAUUUUCCAAUUGUUCACAUAUGCCCUUCUAAAACCGAGGCAUAACCUAUCACAAGCUCACAACGCCUUCCUUCAGGCCACAACGCAUUCUGGGAAUUGGUGUGGCUGUCCUACACUAAACAAAAAAAAGAGGAAACACUUUUGAGAUAUCAAUUUAUGUUCCCCUUGAGUGCAAAACAAUAUACAAGACAACACAGCGCUCACAUAUUGAACUAUUGUGUAUAUAGAAUAUAGAUGGCACGAUUAGCAUGCAGGGUUGGUUCCCCCUAUUGUUAAAUAUAACCAAGUUCUUCAUGAGCCGAUCUAUUCAUGUGGUUUGUCGGUCAUCUUGAGUGUUCUCAUGGUUGACGGCAUCACAGGUCUCAGUCUGAACAUCCUGUUCUGUCUCAACUGUCACAUCUGCAUAGAUAUUAAUUUCAAGUCUACAAUGAGCAGGUUCACAGGGUACAGUCUAACUUUUGGCAUAAAUUAAAGUUAAGACAAAGGAGUGCAAAUCGAAUACAAAAUCAACGUAAAUAUUUACAGAUAUAUUUUAUAAAAUACACUGGUUUCGACUGAUGUGCUGAUGUUUCGAAAAGGCAUAGAAUGAUUAUACCAUCGACCAACUAACCUAACAUAAUCCUUAGACAAACCUUUAACGGAGCUAAGCCUACAUGCAAAAACAAAAGUGUGGCUGAUUUAAAUGACCUCACAGUACAUUACACACUGUUCUUCAGGGCUGGAGAAGAGGGUGAGGUCAUUUUUCAUUUGGUCUGUUAAGGGUCCCUUAGCUGAGGCCCCAAAUGAGUAAUCUUUGUAAAGGUACACCGGAAGGCACUUUAAAGGUUAUGCUAGACAAAGAUUACAAAACAGUUCAGAAGGUAUGACACAUCACUGUGGGCCGAAGGGUUGACAGUGCAUAACAAAACAACACACAGGUGUACCUCAGCUCAUGCAUGCAUACUCUAAUUAACUUCAGAUUAACACCUUUUUCCACUUCAACAAUCUCAGCCCAGUGGUAAGGUCCACAGCCAGAUGUUAAUCAUUACUGUGGGAAUGGACCCUUUGUAUCUAUGGUCAUGAAGCGUGAGGUGAACCCUUGUGUUGACUCCGUUGAGGAGACUGCCAAUGGUACAUUCCCUACUCAUGAUGAUUGAAGCGGACAGUGAUUGAAAAACGUACUAUUCCAUGACUGGUUCUAAUUCCACGUUACUCAAACGAGUCGAGGCGAAACACUGGCGAUUGUUCUCGAUAAGAGACGCACCCCUGUGAUCUCAGUGUCCAUGUGGAUGGUCCGUUUGGAUACAGAACAAAAAGGAGUGAAUUCAAACAAGCUUUGGUUACUUGCAAUUAUAUAUUUGACAUAUAGGUCUAUUAUAUAUAUAUAAAUACAGACAUGCAU